GGUCUCGUGGAGGCAGCGACGAGGAGCAACAUCCCCAGUCAGUUGUCGCCCCUGGCUGGCUCCGGUGGUGGUAAGUCUCUGCUGACCGGUAACCUGGAGGCGGCCGUCGACCUGUGUCUCCGUGACGACCGCGUAGCAGACGCCAUCGUGCUGGCGAUCGCUGGCGGGCAGCGGCUGCUGCAGGCCACGCAAGAGCGAUACUUCGCGCAGCAUCGCACGACCACCAGCAAGCUGAUUUCGUCGAUCGUGCGUCGGGACUGGAAGCAGAUCGUCUCCUGCUGCGCUCUGUCCCGCUGGAAGGAGGCGCUGGCGGCGGUCCUCACCUACGCGUCGCCCGACGAACUCAGCGCCCUCUGCGGUAGUCCUCGACGCAGCCUCUACUAUUCACGCUGGCUGCUCGCAGCCGAGAAGCAGGUCGGCGUGCUGAAAGAUCGCCUGUUUCGCGCAAAAGACCGGGGUCAAGGUCAGCCCACACCGUUCAAGGUCAUGGACGUGCUCCCAGAGGGCGGGACCCGCGUGGCCAGCCAACCCACGGGGCAGCAGACGCAGGCAGGAGGUCACCCUACCUACACGACGCAGGCCCGCCAGCCCGCUGUCUAUGACGGCGCCAACCAAGAGCCGGCGGCGCCUUCUGGUGUCAACAUGUACUCAGCAAAAGCCCCAGGUGGCCUCGCGGCAAGCGGCAGACGACGCUACCCGUCAUACACGAGUCCUGAGCAGGAGACGCAGUACAGCGCAGUGCCAUCUAGUGGCUACCAGCAGAACUACGGCCUGUCCGCGCCGUACGCGGGUUAUCAGCCGGUGCAGCAGCAGCCUGUUGCGCCCGUGCAGCCCCUGGCAAGUGUCGCCCCCUACAGUUCGGUGCCGGAACCGAUGCCGAGCCAGUAUCCUCAGUCGACCUUUUAUAAUCCGUCUGCACAGCCCGCACAGAUUUCACCUGGUCAAAACUACACGCCGCCGAGUUCGGCCGGCUACCAGCAGGUGUCGCCACCGUCGCCCACGGCGGGAUCUUUCGCCGAGCCGUCGCCGCCGGGCUGGAACGACCCUCCGCUGCUGAAACGCAAGGCCAAACGGCCCGCAGCGUGAGCCACAGGCCGC